CAUAAUCAUUAUCUAAAUGAAAAAUGUAUCUGUAUGAAAUCCCGACAACACACGGAAGAAUUUAUUUAAAUCCAAAUCCCAAAAACGAGUCAGCAAAUAGUCAAAAAAUGUUGUUACGUGGUGUACAACCACUACUCCCACGCGUACACCUCGAAUUAUACAUAAAACCCAGAUAUUUAGCCCCCUAAUCCGCCACGUAUACCUUUUAAAGAUAUUUUCGAGCCACGAAAAGGAUAUAUCUAAACCCGCUACGUGGCACUCGCUCCCCUCCCACAAGGUGGACUUUUCCCAUGUGCCGCACCUUCCCGUACGCCCCCCAAUGAUAUUCGCCCGCGUGUAUUUCUCUCCAGUGGGAACACACCACGUGCUGGCUCUUCCGCAGCUGAUUUUGUCUCGCCCUCCACGUGUCCCAGCCCGUUAUAAAACCCGUUUCAAGUUUCAACCGCCGGAAAUCUGUUUUAGCGAAUGGGGGAGUGGGGAAGAGCGAGUCAGGUGCCUAGACUCAGUGAGUCGGCUAGCUCGGGCCUGGUCAACGAGCGAGUUCUGUUUCUGGUGUUCGAGCACAUGAAGUGGGACAUCCGCACGCUCUGCCGAGUCGCGGCGGUGAGCUGGAAGCUCCGCGCGCUGGCGAAGCGCCUCCUGUGGCGCGAACUCUGCAUCUACCGCGCGCCGCGGAUGAUCGCGACGCUCACGGAGGGGGCGACCAACAGCCGGAUCAUCGGGGGAUGGCCGGCGCUGGCGAAGCUCCUCUUCUUCUGCGGCGGAUGCGAGUCGACUCGGCAUUUCCGCCUGAGUCGCCCCUCGCCGGGGCACUUCGCCGAGGAAUCGCGAUUCUCGAAGACGUCGGGGAUGAGCUUUCUGGCGAAGAGCUGCAGGGGAGACGUGCUGUACGUGAGCGAUCCGUGCGAGCAUGCGGCAGAGGAGGAGGGGAGGCGGAACGACGACGUCGGGGUUUACCGAGGGGUAUUUAGGGCUUUUUUCAAGUCGAGGACGCGGGAAUGCCUAAUUAGGAAGCGGAUCGGGUUCGAGGAAGGGAUGAGGUGCCCGUACUGCGCGGCUAGGGUGUGGAGCAUGACGGCGGCGAGGAUGAUCCCGCAGAAAUCAGCCGCUAGGAAGCUCGGAUCCGGCGACGGCGCGGUGGAGUAUUUCGUGUGCCUGAACGGGCACCUCCACGGCGUGUGCUGGCUGGUGCACUUGUCCUCCGACGACGGUGGCGGCGGCGGCGAUGAAGAAGAAGAAGGUUUCUGCAGCGGCGAGGAAGACGAUGAUGGCCACAACCGUAACUACGCUAACAACGGUAACUAAUUGAUGCGAUUUGAUAUUGAAUUGGGAUUAGUAGAAUGUGGAUUAAGUCGGAAUCGCGAUUUUAGCAAUUGGAUUAGUUUAAUUAAUGUGCAUUGGAAUCAGUGUAGUAAUUGGUUGAUGUCAAAUCAGAUGCACUUUGUAUUAGUAGUAAAAGUUAUGAGCUGGAAUUUUUCUAAUUCCCAUUAGUUAGAACAGGCAUCAUUUUGGAAGGGGGAGUUUUUUUUUUCCUUCUGUCUCACAAAUUUUGUACCUUCGUUUACCGUGUUUAUUAUUUUAUCGGUUUACGAUUUACUA